GCGAGCAGAUUGACUUUCUUUGCCCCUGGAGACUGGUGGAAGCUGCGUGCGAUUCGAUCUUGCUGCUGCACCACCAUCUCGCCAUCUUGCCACAGCAGCUCGAAGUGUGUGCGGUUUUUGGUGCGUUUUACGAACAUUUCUCCACCGAACCAGCGGACCAGCCAGUAGUGAAACGUGCGAUGGUAAAACCUGGGACUAGAACCGCAAACGAUCAGCCGCCCUCGUUCGGUAUCCGUAAUCGCAAGGUGCGCAUAGCGUUUGUGUUGCGAGUGUUGUUUGUGCUGUGCUUAGGAUCGUUGCAUGUCGUGAACCUAGCCCUCGGUCCAGCCGUGGACAGAGAUCUCGAUGGCUACGGUGUACGCCAGCCCUUGAGUCGCGUCGGUGCUGGCCGCCAUUUGCUUUCCGUCAUUCCCCAGAGUGAAGUGGAGCUGCUCGAUCUGCUGAAUCAGACCGUACCGCCGGAGGUGGUGUACGGUACGACGGCAGUGCCCGAAGGGGCUGGUGAUAACGUAACGACCGAGUCGGAUCCACACGAGCGCAACUGUACACCGGCGGCCAUUUUUGAAUUUCCCUCGGAUGGAUUUACGCGUGAGGAUCGGCGGCAUGGCUGGAUACUGGUGCACGUGGUGAUCGCCUGCUACUGCUUCUGGUUGCUGGCGAUCGUGUGCGACGAUUACUUUGUGCCCGCGAUUGAGCUGAUGUGUAAAAAGCUGCAGGUGAAGGAAGAUGUCGCGGGAGCUACCUUCAUGGCGGCUGCCUCCUCCAGCCCGGAACUGUUCAUCAACUGUGUCGGAACGUUCGUGACGAAGGGGGAUCUCGGUGUGGGGGCUGUCGUUGGAUCGGCUGUGUUCAACAUUCUGGCCGUGCCGGCCGUAUGUGGAUUACUGGGAGGACAGGUCGUGCAGCUGCGAUGGUGGCCAGUAACGCGGGACUCCAUGAUGUACGGUAUGGCGGUUGUCGGGUUGAUAGCGGUGCUGUACGAUGAUCGUGUCAUGUGGUACGAGGCGACCGUUCUCGUAUCUGCCUACGUACUGUAUAUUGCAGCCAUGUACUGCAACGAUCCAAUUAAUCGGUUCAUGUCGAAAACGUUCCGGCGGAAGUCCUACGUACGUCCGUACACGGAAGUGACCGAGAUUUCGCCCUUACUGUCGAAUGGAGCGAACGGUAAAACGGGGGAAACGAACAAGAACGGCUCCAAUGCACAGCACGCCUGUGAUAGCGAUGCCAGUGACGAUAGUUUCGAGGACUACGUUCGCCUGCUGGACGCACUCUUUCCUCUGCCACCAGAGCUUGCCACCUCUCCGUGGAAUCACCGGGACGACAAUCUGCUGGCGUUCAUCUGCCGCUGGCCCAUUACGUUCAUCCUCUGGGUGACAAUCCCCGACUGUCGCCGUUAUCCGCGGCUUCGGUUGGUAACGUUCUUUGCUUGCAUCUUCUGGAUCGGCAUCACGUCCUACUUCGUCGCCUUCCUUAUCACGGUCGUCGAUAAUCAACCGUUCUUUCGCUACUUUCAAGGUGACACGAUAAACAUCCCGGACUCGGUCAUGGGACUGACGUUCCUGGCGGCCGGAACCAGCGUACCGGAGGCCGUGUCGAGCAUCAUCGUCACCAAUCAGGGCCACGGUGAGAUGGGCAUCAGCAACUCGAUCGGUUCGAACACGUUCGAUAUUCUGCUUUGCCUUGGAUUGCCGUGGUUAAUCAAGGCGCUCGCCUUCCCGGCCGUCCCCGGUGAACGGUGGGUUUCGCUGAACUCGUCUGGCUUGACGUACUCCGCCAUCUCGCUCCUGUCCACACUGUGCGGGUUGUAUAUGGCGUUUUGGUUUAACCGCUUCAAGCUCGACUGGAAGGUGGGUCUCACCUGUCUCUCGAUGUACAUCGGUUUUCUGACCGUGUCCAGUUUGAUCGAGCUAAACGUAUUCUUCCCAGUGAAUGUUCCUACCUGUCCGCACUGAUUAGUCUCCCUGCGGUGUAGUGCGUGUUUUUUGUAAUGUUAAGAAAGGCAAAAGGGACAGUAAGACUAUGACUCUCAGAUGACCAUCUACGAUCGCUUAAGAGGUUCAAUCAGCACUCCAUUCGAUACCGCCAUCGAGUCUUAUCGAUUAAGGCAAGGAUUAAGAUUCGUUUUAAUUGUUGAGAUUGUUUAAGGCUCUAUUUGAUUGCAGCAUUGUUGUAGCCAAAGCCACCACCAUUUCGAGGUAUACGAAACAAUAGGUCGGGGAUUGACUGCAAUAAAUUCAACUGAUAAUCUAACCGAUA